CGUCACGUCAAUCCCGUGAUGACGUGCGAGAGAGUGGAGGCGCCGUUGACACAGGGCUAUGGAUGCCAUGUCGUUUUAACAGUAGUGAUGCGGACCGUGUGGAUACCAUGCCUGAUAGGUAACUUCCGGUGAGAAGAUUACGAUCCCGCGCCCAAGAAUGCAACAAAUCACAAAUGUAAGAUGCUAUUACGUGUCCCGGUGAUGAUUCCCCGCCGCGUGCGGGUGACGUGUAUGUUGUGUGAGUGCGGUGCCUAAGAAAAAUUCCCGUGUGGGGUGAUUAUGGCGCUGGAGAGAAAACGCUCGAGCCGUAGGCAAGCCGGAAGGCAAAGAAAGAGGCCAAACGAAAACAGAUGUAAGACGUGUUGCCGUAAAUUUACGGCCUUCAUGUUCUCUCACGUAGGCCUUUGCGCCCUGGUUAUUGCAUACAGCAUCAUGGGGGCAUUCGCCUUUCGUGCUCUGGAGAAGCCACACGAAGAGAAGAAGGAUAACGAAGUCAGGCAGAUGAGAGACGAAACAGUUAAGAAAUUGUGGGACAUCACACUAGAGCUCAACGUCCUGUACAAGGAGAACUGGACGAAAUUAGUCACACACGAGAUUCGCACCUUCCAAACUAAACUGGUCAGAGAGAUUAAGAAGGGUUACGAUGGCAACGAAGCAGAAGCUACUGCACAAUGGUCUUUCUCUGGAGCAUUCCUUUACUCUUUGACUGUUAUCACUACCAUAGGUUAUGGCAAUAUAGCUCCAAAAACACAAUGGGGGAAAAUCGUCACCAUCCUCUAUGCCAUAGUAGGAAUACCUCUGAUGUUGUUAUACCUUACGAAUAUCGGUGACGUCAUGGCAAAGUCUUUCAGGUAUAUUUACGGUCGUAUUUGCACAUGUAGACCCAACGACAAUUACAAGAGGAGGAGGAAUGCGGAAAAUUAUCGCGUGCACCAUAUUGUAGCACAGAAUUCUCCAGGUAGGCACAACGCACUGGAACCAGGUGUCCAAGAUAAAUUACACGUACCUGCAGAGGAUGAGGUAAGAAUAGAGACUGUACCAGAUGAUCUACGUGAAGAUUCAGACUACGAGAAGACAAGAGUAACCGUGCCUAUCAUUUUGUGUUUAGUGAUAUUGGUGGGCUAUAUAUCAGGUGGUGGUUUCUUGUUUUCUACGUGGGAAAAGUGGGAAUUUCUAGAUGGUUGCUAUUUCUGUUUUGUAACCUUAAGCACCAUCGGUUUUGGUGAUUUGGUUCCUGGUGACUCAGUGGUGAGUGAUAGUUCACAAGAGAAAUUGGUGAUAUGUUCGUUGUAUUUACUGCUAGGUAUGGCACUUAUAGCCAUGUGCUUCAAUUUAAUGCAAGAGGAGGUGAUACAGAAGGUACGAAACUGUGGUAGAAAGAUAGGUAUCAUUAAAGAAAAUGAAGACGAAGAGGAUUUCGCUUGAACUCUUGCCUCUUUUAAAUAAUUGAUCAAUGCGCGUGUUACAAAACAAGGGGAAAAACAAAUACCAAAAGAAAAAAAAACAAAAACAACCACCUCUAAAUGAAUGAUUGAUAUAUAUAUAUAAAUAAAUAAAUAUAUAAUAAUAUAUAUAUAUAAAGAGACAAUACCAGAAAAAUCUGGCCACACAGUUCAUCCAUCUUAUUAUAUAUUAGGGGAACUUUCUUGCAAAUUUGGUGCUCUUUGUAUAAGAACAAACAACACCUCCCAUACCCUACAGAAUUGAUAUGUUUCCAUGGUAACUCAUGAUGAUCAUCUGACCAUCCAACAACAAACAACAACAAAAAACAAACCCCUCCACUCAUAUACAAACCAAUUGGCAUCUAGGAAGUUCCUUGACUUUUUUUUCGAUUUUUUUGAAGAGUAACUCUAAAAAAAAACAUAGAAGAAUCAGUGUGUUUUUUGUGUGGGACAGAUUUAGUGUCACGAAAACACAGGAAAUUGAAGGUCAUGACCCCGAAACAUCGCCGUUUUUUCUUCGAAAAAUAUGUCCAUCAAUGUGAGGAAUCUAUACGGUUUUAGUUGUUAAUUAUUAUAUAUAUAAAAAAAAAGAGAAAUUUCUGUGAUUUGUCAUAUUGUAAAACAGAAAUUUGGAAAAUUUAUCCAUGAUUUUAUGGAUUUACACUCCCAAAAAAUACAAAAAAAAAAGGUUGAAGUAAACAGUUUUUUGACAGCGUUAUA